AUGAAGAGAAGCAACUCCUCUCCCUCCAACUCCUUGGAAAGCCCGACCAGCACCACCACUUCCAACAACGACUUCAUAUUCCACCCUUCUUCUGAUCAUCGUUAUCAUCAUCCCAUUACUACAGAUCAUCAUCAUCAUCAUCACCACAACAACAAUCUCAUCGACUUCCAAGCCGGCCCCGGCCUCCUCACCUUCGACCACUCCUCGUCGUGGGACAACUACGACGCCGUCGGGCCAUGGGACGACGACGCGAUGAACAGACGCGGCGCCUUCCAAAACGACGCCGUCGCUAACGUCGCUGCCGCGAAUAACAAUGUGGAUUCUUCUGUCACCCACCAUAAGCACAAUAAGCGCCCCGGCGCCGGAGACAGCGCGCAGCCGCCGCAGAAGAAGCAGUCCAACGGCAAGUCCGGCGGGAAAGCGGCGAAGCCCUCGCCGUCGUCCUCCUCGUCGCCUCCGUCCAAGGACCCACAGAGCAUUGCUGCGAAGAAUCGGAGAGAGCGGAUUAGCGAGCGGCUUAAGGUACUGCAGGAGUUGGUUCCAAAUGGAUCUAAGGUUGACUUGGUUACGAUGCUGGAGAAGGCGAUUAGCUACGUGAAGUUCCUUCAGCUGCAAGUCAAGGUUUUGGCGACGGACGAGUUCUGGCCGGCGCAAGGAGGGAAAGCUCCGGAUAUCGCGCAGGUGAAGGAAGCCAUUGAUGCGAUCCUGUCGUCCUCCAGAGGCAGGAACAACAAGAACUCUUCGAAUUCAUCCAACUCUAGCUCGGAAGGAGAAGAAGAAGAAGAAGACGACGAGUAG